CGCCCGGCCGCCAUGUUGUGCUAGCUUUACGAUCCGCGGCUGGCGGUCGGCCUCGACGAGAGCAGCUCCCGGCGUCGGGAGAGGUAGGAGGGUUGCGGGCUUUUCACGCCGCGGCCUGACAGGAUCCGACGCCAUGGCAGCCGCUCUGGGAGGAGCAGGAGCAGAUGAUGACUUUGAUCAUCAUAAGCCUGGUGCAGAAAGGUCUUGGAGAAGGAGAACUGGAGAUGAAGAUUUGGAUAGUGAAUUAGAGGAUGACUUGCUAGGAGAAGAUUUGACUGGCAAAAAGACUCCGUCAGAUAUGUCAGAUGAAGAACUGAAUGAUGAUCUUUUGCAAAGUGAUAAUGAAGAGGAUCAACAUUACAGUACUCAAGAUGUCGCUAUGAGUCUUAAUGCUGCAUCUAGCAUGGUUACAUCCUUUGAGCUGUCAGAGAAUGCUAAUGACCCAUCUAUUGAACAAGACUUGGAGUACGAACAAGGGGAAGAUGAAAUUGGUUAUGACAAAUCAGACAUGCCUGAAGAGUAUGCAGAGGAGUAUUCAGAAGGACAGUAUGAAGGCCAAGAGGCUGAGUUGACAGAAGACCAAAUAGACUAUGGGGAAGAUCAGGGUGAAGAAGAGAAUUAUAAUGAUGAAGUGCUGGAUCUUGAAAUCAAUGAACCUCUAGAUGAAUUUCCAGAUGAAGAUUAUAUGCAGUCUUUCAGUGAUCAGCAAGUAAUCGAACAACAGGAAUAUAUAGCUGAAGAAGGGUUAGAAGAGGUUGCUGAUACCCAGACACCUCCAAAUGAGUCAGAAGAGGCAGUUAUUGAAAAUCUGGAGUUUCAAGAAGAAACCAAAGAAGAAUCAGAUGAGGAGGAGGAAGAUGAUGAAGAGUCUGGUCGGUUACGUUUCAAAACUGAACGGAAAGAAGGAACAAUUAUUAGGCUAUCAGAUGUAACAAGGGAGCGAAGAAACAUUCCAGAAACUUUGGAACUUUCUGCAGAAGCCAAAGCAGCACUACUUGAAUUUGAAGAACGGGAAAGACAGCUAAAACAAGGGCGAUAUGGCUCCCGAAGAGGAGGAAGACGAGGAGGGUCAUUAAUGUGUCAUGGGCUGGGAGGACAAAGAAGAGACAACAAUGAAAGGGGAAGAAUGAAGGAUCACAGGCCUGCUUUGCUGCCAACCCAGACAGCUGUUACGACACAUUCAGACAGGAUAUUUCGUCAUCAGCAGCCCAUUAGGAAUCUUUUCCAGCCGCAGCAGCAGCAGCAACAGCCACAGCAGCAGCAGCAACAGCCACAACAGCUGCAGGGUCUGCUCCCCAUCCCCACUCAGCAUCAUACUCCACCCCCUCCCCCUCAAGGAAUUCAUAUGUCAUCCCAAGUAGAAACCCCAAGAAUACUGAUGACUCCUCCUUCAGUGGCAUCCCAGCAGCCCAAAAACAUACACAUAAAUCCACACUUCAAAGGAACUGUAGUAACACCUGUUCAAGUGCCCUUGCUGCCAGUCCCAACCCAGCCAAGACCUGCUGUAGGACCCCAGAGAUUUCCUGGCCCUCCAGAUUUUCAACAAAACCCUCCUGGACCUGUUCCUACCAACUUCAACCAAGCCCCACGACUUUCCCUCCAAGAUCAGUGGCGAGGGCCACCACCUCCUCUUCCACCACCACCUCCACAGGAGAGAGAACCUUUCUUCAUGGGAGAGCCAAGAUUCCCUGGUCACCACUUAUUUGAGCAACGGAGCCCCCCUCCGCCACCGCCCCCCCUUCUUAACAGUGCGCAUCCUGUGCCCAGUCAGAACCCGCUCCCAUUCAGCCAGCCUGGACCAGGUUUCAGUCAGCAGGGGCAGCAAGCCAUGUUUCCAAGAGAAAGGCUGGUAAGGCCGAAUCUGCAGCCUCAAGGCCCCGUGGGAAUUCUUCACUUCAGCCAGCCUGGAGCAGCCAAUGCACGGCCGUUUCUUCCUCCGAGGCAGUCCUUCCUGCAGGUCCCAGGGCAGCCGUUCUUAACCCCUCUCACCCAAGCAGGCAUGCAGGGCCCUUUGCACCCUCCUCUGCAGCCACAGCACCCGCAGCCACCACCGCAGCACCCGCAGCCGCCCCAGCAGCACCCGCAGCCACCCCAGCCUCACCACCAGCCGCAUCAGUCCCACCAGCAGCAGCACCACCUGCUGCCUGUGCCGCCCCAGCCACUGAUUCCGGUUGCCCCGUCCCAGUUCAGGCCUCACAUGCAGACGUCGCAGCAGCAGCCCAGCAGCAAUCGGAUGCAGUGCCAGCAGCGGCAAGGCCUGGUCAAGGCCAGGCAUAACACACCAGCGCAAAGCAUUGUAAAGCGUCCAAACCAGCAGCUCCAGUCAUCUGCUCCAAGGAAUAGUAAUUUGCGCGAAUUGCCAAUAGCACCUUUGCAUGCGAUCGAAGCCGCUAACAACCGACGAACUUCAGCUCCUGCUGCUCAAGUGAAACCUAUUACUAGCACCACAUCUGCUUUGAGGCCUGUCACAGGGGUCAAGAACCAACUAGGAAGGACUGAGACCAAGCCUAGAGUCAUUCCCAUGACUCAGCCUAAAAUGGAGGUCAAAUCUGAACCAGAGUUUCCUGAUGAGGAUGAAGAAACCAGACUGUACCGUCUGAAGAUAGAGGAACAGAAACGCCUCAGGGAAGAGAUCUUGAAACAAAAGGAGCUGAGGCGGCAGCUUCAGGCUGGGGCCCGCAAAAGAGAAUUGCUUGAAAGGCUUGCGCAGCAGCAGCAACAAGGCUCUUCAGCCCAACAGCAGGAGGAAGAAACUUCACAGCUGCCCACCAAUGGAAAUCCAUUGCUUUCCCUUCCUGGUGCACAGCCCCGCCAAAAUGUGAAAUGCAGGCUAAUGGUUAAAAAACAAGAGCCAGUCGUUCCAAAUUCCCCAGCUGUUCAGCCUAAGCCUAUAAACAUUCUCCAGGCUGGAGACAGUGUGCAAUUUCAAGGACAGCAAAUAAAAACAAUAAAGCAACUAAGGCAGGCUAGGACAGUGCCCGAAAAUGAGCUCCAGCUGCCCUAUAAAGGUUUGCAAGCAAAGCCGCCUGCUGCUGCGCACUUGAACCUGUCCCAGAUGGCUCGGGUGGCAUCGGUGCAAGGCCAACCUCAAGAGCUGAAGCCUGGGGUGAAAAGAACUGUCAUGCAGCGGGCAAACAGUGGUAGUGGCGAUGGGCCCCAUGUCGGCACCAAAGUCAGGGUGAUAAAAUUGUCAGGAGGGGGUGGAGAGAAUGUUGGCUUUUCUCAUUUGGAAGGACCUCCUCACCGGCUUCCACAGCCAUCAGAGCAGAGACAUCAGCCAAUGCGGAAGGUCACACUGACAAAGGGGACAGUGCAGCAACCGCAUCAGCCUCAUCAGCACCAUCUAUCACAGAUUCACUCUACAUUUCCUCAAGGACUAAAAAAUAUCCCAGGGAUACAUCAAGCAAAAAAGCAGUGUAUUCCACAUGGGAGAGGCAGGGGGAUCGCGGGCCAGAUGGGCCGAGGCCGCUUGAUGCCAAGCAAACCGAACCUGCGGGUGGUAGAGUGUAAACCUCAGCCCUGCGUCGUGUCAGUGGAAGGCCUCUCUUCGUCCACCACGGAUAUCCAGUUGAAAAACCUGCUCAUGUCAGUAGGACCCAUUCAGAGUUUACAGAUGUUGCCUCAACAACGAAAGGCCAUUGCAAAAUUUAAGGAACCUGCUGAUGCUUUAAAAUUUCAACAGAAGUUUCACAGGCACAUGAUAGAUCUCUCCCAUAUCAACGUGGCACUGAUAGUGGAGUGACCUACUGAGCAUAAGUUGUCUUAAAAUAAAGCAGGUUAUGGAGGAAGUCAGAAGGGUAGAAUCUCCCUGUAAUUUCUGGUGCCAGCUUUGCAGACUCCUUCUGAAACUUCAAAUUACUCUGUGACAACUGCUGACAGCAACAGCCUUGCUACAAAUGGAAGUUGAAUUUCAAGACUGAAAAAGAUCUGUCUUGAUUUUCUUUUACUGUAUUGAACAUACAGAACUACAGAUCUCAUGUGUGAAUAGUGUACACGGAUGUUUCCAGGUGAUAUACUGUGUGAUCACAAUGACUUGGAUCGAAAGAACAUUGACUCUUGAAAAGAUUUUUUUUAACGUUUCUUCUUAGAAAAGAAUAUUUGAUAAUGGUUGCCCUUAUCUUCAAUGUGGGGUGUUGAAAUCAGAAUGCACCCAUAAUCUAUUGUUUGUAGCUAAGCAUAUAGAUGCCUAUAAUAUAGAAUAAAAGUUGAGCUCUGUAAUUUGUUGAUUUUUUGCCAAGAGCUCUGAAGCUCAUUCUUGAAAGCUCUUAUUCCUAGUAAGAUGAAUAUAGUUCGUUGUGCAUAAAGUCUCGCUCAGUAUUCCCAGCAUUCUUUUCUUACCAACAUUACUUUGGACAAAUAGUCUCACCAGUCUGAUGGCCUUACACAAGAAGGAUUCUUAUUCACGUUCCGGAUUCUUGGAAAGACAUGUCUUUUAGCUUUCUCUUGUGCUUUCUUAGAGUGCUUGAAUGGCCAGGAAUUAACUGGUGGUGAGAAUGGGUACACAUUCAGGUCCAGGAGAUCCAUUUUGGGUAGGCUUGUUGGGAAGUGAGUCACUGGUGUUAAGUUUCAUAUUUAUUUUUUCUGUGUAAUGAUUGGCAGUAAUGCUUGAUAAUGGUAGAGUCUGCCAAAUUGCACUCCAGCACUGUUCCCAUGCCACCAGGUGAAUUAUGAGGACAUUUCCUCUCUGAGAUGUGGGCUAAUAUAAGAAUAUGUGCAGACUUUAGGGAAGUUCUGUUUUUAUACUAAAUAAGCUCUUUCCGCCAGAGAAAGGCGCUUGUUCCCUGUUUCCUUUAGCUAGUGAGAAGAGAGAACUUCUUUUACUCCUUCUAGAAAUCUGUUCAGCGUUAAUGUAUUUGAGGCCAAUAAACAUAGUCGGAGCAGAUUAUAAUUUAGCCAGCAAGUUUGAGCAUAUAGAAAAAUGAAGUAUGUUCUUUCUGGACUGCAGAUGAUGUGACAUUGGGCAGUAGCGAUAUUUCUUUUCUAAUCAUUCAAAAUCAUAUUCUGUAAAGAAGGCUUUUAAAACUGUGUUCCCAGUUAAUGAGAAGAUGUGGGAAUUGGCAGUAAGCAAUUAAGUUAUAAAAAUACAUCAUGUCUUUUAAAGGCAGAGCUUUUUUUCUCUCUACUGGUAAUAUCACAGUUAUAGCAUCAUUGGCGUAGUGUAGGGUGUGAAGGUACGUUAAAGACGUUUUAAUGACUAGCUAGUAAAAACCGUCUUCAUCCUUGCGGAGUAUCCUACCUUGAAUUUGACCAUGCCAUAGAGGUGAGUUUGCUAUCCUUUAUUAUUUACAGCUCUUAAUUUGUGUGUGUUAAGAAAACUGGGAUUUUAGUUUAUCGCGCAAUUUAGGUUAGCUUUUCUCUGCUUAGAAUUGUUUGAAAAACUAACAGUCCCUCAAGAUCAAAAGAGAGAAAAUAUCGUACCUUUACCCAUCUCAGGACAUGUUACAGUCUUUCCACAAAACCAAGAUUGCUAUGUAGGACUUAGGUUUAAAAUCACAUUUUUAAAAACCCUCAUGUCUUCACCGCACAGCUGAGGUGCAGCUUGUCCAUGACAAACAAGCACGAUGCACAGACAGUUCUGAGAACCGAGUAGGUUGGAAAAGUGAAUUCACUGCACGGAAUGUGGCAGCUUUAAAGAGCUGGGCUCAGUGGUUGGCAAGGCUGCAAUGGUUUGGCGGGAUUAAAUGCAACGAUGCUUGCCAGAAGAGGGGAUUUUAUAAUGCCCCACCUCUACAUCACAUUUGAGAUCCGAGGAAACUAUUUUUUUAUGUCAGCAGGUCUUUGAUUAGGCUGGCGAGAAGCUUAGGGAAUUGUGAGGGCUGGGAAUGUUAACUAAUGCUUGAAGGUUUACAACCUCUGUAUGUGGGAAAUCUGCUACGGUGUGCCGUUUAAAAUAAUGGUGUGGACUUUUGUGUGAUUUGUCUGAGGCCCAUCUCUCACACGAGAUGACAAAUGCCUCACGGGUGUAUAAUAUGUUCACCAUUUUGAUAGAGGGUAUUCUCUGGGAUGUGGGAAAGAAGAAGAAGAAGACUUGUGAUUUUCUCUCUCUCUCUCUCUUUCCAUAGCGAGCAGAAGGAAACCUGUCGUAUGGGUGAUAGGCACCAGACCUCUUGCUUGAAUUGCCUUUAGAUACUGUAAUACCUUGACUGAUUAAUGCUAAAUUAGAAAUGACUUUGGCAUGAUCAUAGUACUUUUGGUUCCUAAUUUUGAGGUGCCUUCCACAAAAGCAAAUCACAGUAAAAAUAGGAGACCCUGAUCUUUGCACAAUGCUUCCUGACCCAUCUCCACAUCUUUUUGUAGAAGAUCUGUUGCAACCAUUAUCUUGUUCUUUCUUUAUCAUGUGUUAUUUUAAAGAUGCAAAAUGCAGGCAUUGCAUUUAAUGUAUUAUGUAAAUACGAGACUUUUUAACAAAAUUUAAAUGAAGCUGUUCACAUGCUAAUAAUUUAGCCACAUGAAAGUUUAUUUGGUGGGUUGGGGGAGGAAGGCAGUUGUGUUGUCUUAUCAGAGUUGAAUGGAAAUGGUUCCAUAAAUGUUGCUGUUAUUAUUAUUAUUUUUGGUGUAACUCUUCUGUUUUUUAUAAAGAUGCCAGUAAGUCAAUACAUGUAUCUUGACCUGUGUAUUAUUUGUUCUGGAACUUCGGAAGCAUACAUUUGGUAUAGAUGUUUAGCCAGUGACCACUGUAUGUGGAAACUUUUUCUCUUAUAGAGAUAACUUUCAUUUAAUUUGGCAACAUUUUCUAGGUCAGUUUAGUUUUUAUACCCAUGCCAAUGAAAAAGUGUAGUCAAGUUAUGUGUGAUGCUGAAGUAUUCAUGACUUUAUAGUUCAAAGUUAAAUGGCCUCUAUGGUAUUCAUUAAUUCAUGUAUUUUUUAACAUUCAUUUUGGACAAGGUUGGAUAAUUUUAAUUUGAUAAGAAAUUAAAGGUAAUCUGCAUAAUGGUGUUUUUGUCCAAGCUAAAAUGAGGGUGAUUUUCUCUUGGUUCAGCUAUCGUGGGAAGAUUACAGAAAAUCUUCCCUAUAUAAGAAUUGUUUUUUACACUUCUUCAGAUUUUCAAAAGUUGUUUUGAAAUGUUGGUCAUAAAACAGAGAUGUUCAGCAGAAGUCAAAUUUAUAAUUAUUAGAAAUAAAUAUAUUUCUAGUGCUAGGACCUUAAAGCCUACAGAAAUAGUUAGAGUGUAUGGAGGUGGAUGUACCAAUUAUUUGUAGUUUGUAUCAAACUAGAUCGAACAGUUGAACUACCUAAUGACCAAGUAUUGGCUUUUAGAUAGCAGCCUCUAGGUGCUAGUAUGAAUUAUGUGGCAAGACCACUAUUGAAGAGACCUAGUGUGAGUUACAUAUCAGUGAAGGCUUAUAUAUAUCAAAUUAGAGUGAGUUGAUCAGCUUUAUGGGGAAAUGCCAGCAUAAGAUGACAUUUCUUCUUCAUUCUUCCGUGGUUUCUUGUUCUUCCAAAUAUGGCCCAAAUGGUGAAAUUAUGGGAUUGCUGUAUUCCUUUUCAGUGACUACUUUAAAAGGUACAGUGAAUGUUUCAUUACCAAGAGGGCUCACACACUGAACGUAGAAACCACAGAAGAAAUGAAAAGGCAAUGUUACCUUGUGGUGACACUUUUCAAAGUAAGAAUUGAUACUAGGAACUCUUCAGAGUUGAUCCAAAGGAGUUUUGGCAGCUUAAUGACUCUUGAUAUUAACGUUGCAGAAACUUUUAGCUGACAUCAGGAAGUCAAAUUAAUUACACCAUCUAUGGGAUACAUCUUAGAAGUUAGUUCACUUAUACUAAAUAUUUAUUUGAUAUACUCCUGUUUCAGUUUUCAUGAUUCUAUUCAUGAACUGUAUAGCUUUACUUGGUGCUACUUCUUAGAACUUUUUGUGGAUGUUCCCUAGUAUUAGAAAAACUAAUGAGGUGUGUUUUCUUAUCCAUAACUUUUCAGGUAGGCUCUUAGUAUCACAGGCAUUAUCCUUUCAUUAACUAGGCUGUCAGUCUAGCAUACUUAUGGAGGGGAAAUGCUCUUGUUCGCUUUUUUCCUUUGAUUGCCUGCUUAUAAACUUUCUCACUGUCUUCUAGGCUUUAUUUUGCAGCAGCCAUUUUGGAGAAAAGGAAGGGUUGGAGAAUUCUUUUAACUGGCAUCCAAGAUGGUGCAAAUGGCUUUUAAAGCCAUAACAUACCUCUGAGUUGCUAACUGGUUGAGGUGUAUCUACAUUAAGGUCACCAUUAAAUAGCAAAGAUCCAUACUGUUUACCAAAGUAUUGCAAAACUAUUUUAAAUCCUAAGGAUUUUGUGUAAGGUUAUUUGUAACCUUUUUUUUAAUCAUAUACAUUUAAUAACUUAUUACUGAUUAUGAGCCUUGGGCCCUAAUGUACAGAACAUUGAUUCAUAUUGGAUCUCAUGUAUGCCAUCUUUUGGUAUAAAUCUGGUUGGGAAGGAUCAUUUUUUAAUUGUGUUAUUCGAAGGAUAUAUUCCCCAGUUUCCAUACUCAUCUUUGGUAAUGCUACCCCUCUUCAUAUUAUGUGAGAUCUUUGGUUGGGAAUGUCAGGAUAAAAAACAAUAAAACUCAAUGUUGCCCUUUGCUAUUGGUUUAAAAACAUAGCUCACAAAAAGAAGACAAUGUGUUAACCUUUCCUCAAGGGAGAAAGUUCUUAAUGAAAAAUCUUUAAUGCACUCUGGCAAACGGGUAAGCAGGAUCCCCAAAACCAAUAAUGUUAAAUAGAUCAUCUAGUUGAAUGUUGUUGUUUUUUAAUUUGGUAAUAUAGAAAAUGUGUUUCUUCAGAGAAAUUAUUGUUAAUUAGGAUAAAAUUGUAUGGUUAUCUGCUGGAUGUAUAUGCAUAAUACUGAUCUUUUCUGUGAAGCAGGUUUGUUUCCUCUCCCAUUUUAUGUAACUGAAAAUGAAGAUUUACUUUUAAGUAACUGUAUAAUUUUCCUUUCAGAUAUAGGGAAAGGAAUUGAUUCCUGACUCUUUUCCAGAGCUUGACCUUGAAAUGAAUACUUUUUUUUUUUUUUAACAGGUGGAACCACUAUGUCAGACCCAUUCCUUUACAGGAGAUCUUCGAGUUUUCAUAUCUCAUUCAAUUUUAGCAUUGCUCUAGUUUUUUGGUGUUUUUUUUUUUGCUCAGUAGUUGUCUUAAUUUUAAAUCAUGUUUAUGGCGCUUUUCCGGUCAUGAUUUUUCAUUCAUUGUCCCUCUGUACCAAACUGUUAUAAGGGUUAAUCAAGCCAUCCAGGGAACGUCCCUUUCAGGUCCCAAUGUUCUACUGCCUUUGACCCAACUCUUUCCUAUCUCUUUCUUCAGUGUGAUGACACUCUCCAUCUUUGUUCCCUCUUUGCAGCUUGUUUUCUUUUUUAGGGAGAAAAAUAGAACCCAAUAAAUUAAAUUGUCUGUUGGGUCCUUAUUGGGCUAAGAAAAUUAUUUAGGACCUUGGGGCAUAAUUCUGAUAUGUGAUUAGCAUGGCAUAAAGCAGGAACAUGCAGCUUCUGUCAUUUCAAGGGCUUUUCUAGGGUUUGCACAGUUCAUUGAGGGCUACACUCCAAAAGUGGCCAGGGAGAGGGAGAGGGCAGUUUCAAAACUAUAAGAAGGGAAAGGUGUAUGUUGACCAUUUACAACCCUCUCCCCAUCUGAAAAAAAACAUAAAGGAGGGCAUUUUUUUACCCUCAUCAUUGCUAUAUGACUUCAUGAGAGGUAAGCAUAGCCCUCCUGCCCCUCAUUUGACUGUGCUCCAAUUGUCAUUGUUGACCCACAGUGCUAUAUUGCAGGCCAGUCAUUCAGUUUAGUACUAGAGUGUCCUGUGCCUCAUGUUGAAAUACUCAAUCUUCUUUCCCCUUUACCUCCUGCUUCUCUAGGUCUGGGAUAAAGAGAUCUUUUACUGUUUCAUCUUGCAGCAUAAAGAUUUUUGCAUUCAAAUAAAUUAUUUUACUACAGCGUAGCAGGCCAGAAAGGCAGGUAGAACAGAACAGUACUACCGCCUGACUUCUCAGAGGCACUAAACCUACCUCAAAAUAUCUGGAAUCAGAGCUGCACUCUUGGAUUCUGUUCUUUCAGCAAAUCAUGAAGUCACAUUCAGAAGAAUUAGUAGUCUAUGUCUAGCAUAGAUAACUUGCAGCUAUCCAGUCUAGAUACGUUGGGAUUAUAACAUUUGAGAACUAUAAUCCCGACACAUCUAGAAGAUGCCAGAUUGAGAAAGGCUGUUCUUAGGGAUCCACCUCUUUAUACCAAACCCUGACACAGAAUCCAUCAAGUUCUGUGACUGCUGUCUUUAACAUCAGUGGCCAGCAAAUUGGGUGAUUACUGCUAAUCUUUCGUUUAGAAAUCCACUGACUAGUUUCAUUAAUGGGGCACUACAUACCAAUAUAGGGAUAUGCAAAAUUUAUCACAUUUAGACCAUUCCAGAGAAUUCCAGAGUAUUCUCUUUCCCUCCAGACCAUGCCACACAUCUAAACCAUGAUGUUCCUGUUUCUUCUGGAACAUAAUGUUUGGAACCCCUUGAACAGCUUCUGGCAUGGAAGAUUUAUGUCUGAAAACCACAGAACUGCUCCCAGGGUCAGUGUGGUUCAGUGGAAAGCAGAACACACUGCAGUUCUCUGGAAUGGUCCAUUCCAGAUAAUGAAUUUUGCACAUACCAAAACUGAAGAUGUUUCCUUGUGUGUGGACCUGAGUACUUGUAACUUCUUAACCUAUACUAAUAUUUUUUCCUUUACAGGUUUUCUCCUUUUUUUAGGAGCAAUUUGUGUUCUGGACAACUGGAUAAUCUAUUUAAUAAGAGUUUGUUUAUGUGUAUUUCUUAUCCGUAAAGGAAAGUGGGACCCGUCACUGUUCCAGCAGAAACCCGUCUUACUAAUCUUUUCCUUUUCUUUUUUUUU